AUGGGUAGGGUCAUUCGAGCUCAGCGAAAGAGCGGUGGCAUCUUCACCGCUCACACCAAGCACAACAAGGCUCCUGCCAAGUUGCGUGUCUACGACUACGCCGAGCGCAACGGUUACAUCCGAGGUGUGGUUAAGGAGAUCAUCCACGAUGCUGGUCGCGGCGCCCCCCUCGCCAAGGUUGCCUUCCGUGACCCCUACAAGUACCGCACCCGUGUUGAAACCUUUGUUGCCACCGAAGGUCUCUCUACCGGUCAAUUCGUCUACUGCGGCAAGAAAGCUGCUUUGAACGUUGCCAACGUUCUCCCCCUCUCAUCGCUUCCCGAAGGUACCAUCAUUUGCAAUGUCGAGGAGAAAUCCGGUGACCGUGGCUCUCUCGCCCGUACCUCGGGUAACUACGCUACCAUCAUUGGACACGAUUCCAACGGUAAAACCUCCCGUAUCCGUCUUCCUUCGGGUGCUAAGAAGACUGUUCCUUCCACUUCGCGUGCUACUAUCGGUAUCGUAGCUGGCGGUGGUCGUAUUGACAAGCCUUUGCUCAAGGCUGGUCGUGCUCAUCACAAGUUCAAGGUCAAGAGGAACUCGUGGCCCAGAACUCGUGGUGUUGCUAUGAACCCUGUCGAUCACCCUCACGGUGGUGGUAACCAUCAGCACAUUGGUAAGGCUUCGACCGUGUCGCGAUACGCUCCUUCCGGUCAGAAGGUCGGUCUUAUCGCUGCUCGUCGUACCGGUCUUAUCCGCGGUACCAUCAAGACCAAGGACGCUUAA